GAGUCACGACUUCCGGAAGACUGAAGGGAGCGCGGGGGGGGGGGAAAGGAAGUGGGAAGAGACGUGGCAGUGACGUGGCAGUGACGUCAGCGCGGCCGGUAGAUCCCGGUGGCGGCGCUCGGCCCGACCCGAAUCCCGCGGCAGGUGAUGAGCCCCGAUGAACGCGAGGCGCCGGCACGGCUCUAGGCAGCGGGAACCGGGCGUUUACCUGGGCCCCCCCCAGACACAAACCGUCCCCCCCUCUCCCCAACAUUUCACCUUCACCCCCCCUCCUCCCCCCGUUUCUCCCGGUUCUUUCCUCCCGCCGCCACCGCCCACCCCUCCGGACGUCAUGUCGUGUCGCGAUCGGACUCAGGAGUUUCUAUCCGCCUGCAAGUCCCUGCAGGGCCGGCAGGAUGGGGUGCAGCCCGGCAGAGCGGCUCCGGGUGGCGGGCGGCAGAGAAGCGAGUUCAGCCUCAUGGCCAAGCGCAUCGGGAAGGAUCUCAGCAACACCUUCGCCAAGCUGGAGAAGCUGACGAUCUUGGCCAAGCGAAAAUCCCUUUUCGAUGACAAGGCGGUGGAGAUCGAGGAGCUGACUUACAUCAUCAAGCAGGACAUCAACAGCCUGAACAAACAAAUCGCGCAGCUGCAGGAGGUGGUGAGGGCCAGGGGGGGUCAGAGCGGGCGGCAUGUCCAGACUCACUCCAACACUGUCGUCGUGUCACUGCAGUCCAAACUCGCCUCCAUGUCCAACGAUUUCAAGUCGGUGCUGGAGGUGCGGACAGAGAACCUAAAGCAGCAGCGGAGCCGCCGCGAACACUUCUCCCGUGCCCCCGUCUCCGCUUUGCCCCUCGCCGCCGGCAACUUGGGCAGCUCGGCGGUGCUGCAGGACGAUCCGCAGCGCGCCGGGACGGUGGCUAUCGAGAUGGACGCGCGGACGAGCCAGCAGCUACAGCUGAUCGACGAGCAGGAUUCGUACAUCCAGAGCCGGGCAGACACGAUGCAGAACAUCGAAUCGACCAUCGUGGAGUUGGGUUCCAUCUUCCAGCAGCUGGCGCAUAUGGUGAAGGAGCAGGAGGAAACGAUCCAGAGGAUCGACGCCAGCGUGGAGGACGCGCAGCUGAACGUGGAGGCGGCGCACGGGGAGAUCCUCAAGUACUUCCAGUCGGUCACUUCCAACCGUUGGCUGAUGGUCAAGAUCUUCCUCAUCCUCAUCGUCUUCUUCAUCGUCUUCGUCGUCUUCCUGGCCUGAAAGUCCUUUCCUUCCCCUUCCUGCCCCCCGCCCCCCCACCGCCCCCCACCUCGUCCCACCGGUGGGGACAGACGGACUCGGUCCGUGCUCUGCGGGGCUCGGAGACGGACAUCUGCGUGGGGACGGGGCAGUGUCCUGCCUCUCGGGGACCCCAAAACUGCCCCUGGGGACCCCAAAACUGCCCCUGGGGACCCCUUUGUCGUGUGUCCCCCCCCCACCCAGGGGCUGGGGGCAGCACCCCAGUUCCCCUCCCGUGGGUCCCGCAGCCUAUGCCGCGGCCGGUCCCCGUGUCCGCCCAGUCAUGGUGGCUACGGACCCUUCCGGUGGAUCGGGAAUCCCGGGAAUGUUGCCAGAAUCUUCCCCCCUCUCCUCCACUCCGCCCCGCCAGGCCGUGGACUCCCCCCCCUCCCCCCCUUCCCCGGAGGGGCUGAAGACCCCGUUAAAACUGUGGGACCCCCCCACAGUGGGGAUGGGGGGGGGGGGGCAGGCUGUGGACCCUGGUAAAGCCGUAGGGUUCCCCGGAUGGGCUGUGGGACCCUUGGGUGAGCUGUGGGACCCCAUUUUGGGGGGUGGGGGGGUGGGUUGUGGGACUCGCAGCCACCCUCCCCCCCCCCAAAUUAAAACUCUGGGCUCCCCCG